AUGGCUCCCGACCCCAGCGGCCGCCUCAGCUUGCCGCUGCAGCUGCUGCUGCUCGCCUGCUGCUUCACCGCCUCCUGGGCUGAUCUGCUGACCUGGCUGUGGUCGUCCAAUCAGACGAAUGAGAACGCAGCCUCGCUGGUCUCUGUGCCCCUGGGCAGCCCACCUGUACAGCCCACAGAAGGUAUCACCACACGUGUGGGCCUGCAGGACAGCCCCACCGAGCAGGGGACAGCUUCUGCCAGCCCUGGGCCACCCCUGGAGGAGCUGGAAGAUGGCCAGGGCAAGGCCUCCACUUCCCCUCCUGCCUCUAAUGCGAGCCCAGACACGAAGGAGGAGAACAUUGCUGGCGUUGGUGCCAAGAUCCUGAACGUGGCCAUGGGCAUCCGGAGCUUCGUCCAGCUGUGGGAUGAUACCACCCCCACUGAGAAUGCUUCCAAGAUGGGGACUCUGGCACCUGCAACCUCCACAGACCCCCUCACCCUCCCUGGGCCAUCCAGCACCCCUCCGGAGAAUGGGACCAUUCUCUGGCUGACCAGCGGGGCCCUGAACUCACCGGACACCAAGACUGAGGGUGGUAGCCUGCCAGUGCCCACCCAGCCACCACCCUCCCUGGACAGGCCCUGGGCGAUGCUCAGCGUGCCUUCGGUGCCACCGAGGUCCUCAGGUAGAACUCUCUCCUCCGUGCUGGGCAGGGACCUUCCCUGGGGGAGCCUGCAGUCCUCAGGUUGGCCCCCGGACCUGGAUGGCAAAGGACUCUUGCCCGAGGCAGCCCAUCCCGGCCAGCGGCACCAACACCCCGGCAGCCUCAAGCGCACUCCACUUCUGCUUCCCCUGGUGACGGGUUCCCUGGGCACGCACGCUGCCCCCUCGGCUCUCUCCCCUGACCCUCCUGCCGGUCUGUCUCAGAUCUCACUCUCAGCUUUACCUGGGGACAGUGGUGCUUGGGUUCCUCACGUGGCUAAUUCUGUGGGACCUGGUCUUCCUAAUGUCUUCGCACUGCUCGGGUCCCACCGACCGACCCCGGCAGUGCCGCCUCUGCGCCGUGCCUCCAGCCGCUGCCUGCCCCUGCCGCCCUCCCUGCCGGUCUGCGGCAGCCUGGGCAUCAGGCGCUCCUGGCUGCCCAACCACCUCCACCACCUGAGCGGAGAGGAGGUGCUGGUGGCCGCUCAGGCCUGGGAGGGCCUCCUCCAGUCACACUGCCACCACUUCCUCGCCUGGUUCUUCUGCCUGCUGUUGGCCCCGCCCUGUGGCCCUGGCCCCCUGCCCGCCCUGCCACCCUGCCGCCAGUUCUGCGAGGUCCUGGAGGAUGCGUGCUGGAGCCACUUGGACGGGGGCAGGCUGCCGGUCACCUGUGCCUCGCUCCCAGCCCAGGAAGACGGGUACUGUGUGUUCAUUGGGCCGGCUGCAGAGAAAGUGGGCGCAGAGGUGGGGCUCCUCCAGCUGCUCGGGGAGCCACUGCCCCCAGAGAUCACCCAGACUGAUGACCCUGAUGUGGGACCAGCCUACAUCUUUGGCUCUGAUGCCAACAGCGGUCAGGUGGCCCAGUACCACUUCCCCAGCCCGUUCUUCCGUGACUUCUCGCUACUCUUCCACGUGCGGCCAGCCACUGAGGAUGCAGGGGUACUCUUCGCCAUCACGGAUACAGCCCAGGCAGUGAUCUCAGUGGGCGUGAAGCUGUCGGGCGUGAGCGACGGCCACCAGCAUAUCCAGCUCCUGUACACCGAGCCUGGGGCGGCCCAGACGCACACGGCUGCGAGCUUUCGCCUACCUGCCUUUGCCGGCCAGUGGACACGCUUUGCACUCAGUGUGGAAGGUGACACUGUGACACUCUUUGUGGACUGUGAGGAGGUCCAGUCGGUGCCUUUGGUGCGAUCUCCACGAGGCCUGGAGCUGGAGCCCGGCUCCGGCCUCUUUGUGGCUCAGGGUGGAGACGCGGACCCCGACAAGUUCCAGGGGAUGAUCGCGGAGCUGAGGGUGCGCAGGGACCCCCAAGUGAGCCCCAUGCACUGCCUGGAGGACGAUGACGAUGAUGACGACGGGGCGUCAGGAGACUUCGGAAGUGGGCAGGAGGAGACCCGGGAGCUUCUCCGGAAGGAAGCGGGCACGUCCCUAAAACCCAGCUUCCCUGAGGCUCCCCCGGUCACUUCUCCUCCCUUGGCUGGAGGCAACAUCUCAGAAGAUUCCAGAACAGAAGAAAUCGAGGAGCAAUCCACUGUGUCUGUAUUAGGAGCUCACACCCUUCCUGGCUCGAAUACAGUCACCACCUUGGACAGGAGUGUCCAGAGCCCUGAGGACAUCCUGCAAGAGGGUCUCCCAGGCCCAGUGGUGCAGAGCCCUGAUGCACGGGCUAUCCCUGGGCCACAGGGACCCCCUGGACUCCCGGGGCUACCAGGGAAGGAUGGUGCCCCCGGAAGGGAUGGGAAGCCCGGCGGCCCUGGGGAAGACGGAAAACCUGGUGACAUUGGACCACAGGGCUUCCCGGGAACCCCAGGAGACAUGGGUCCCAAGGGUGAGAAGGGGGAUCCUGGGGUUGGGCCCAGAGGACCCCCAGGACCCCAAGGGCCCCCAGGGCCACCAGGACCUUCCUUCAGGCAUGACAAGCUGACCUUCAUUGACAUGGAGGGGUCCGGCUUCAGCGGUGACCUGGAGAGCCUUCGAGGCCCAAGAGGUCUCCCUGGCCCCCCGGGGCCUCCUGGUGUCCCAGGCCUGCCUGGAGAGCCAGGCCGCUUCGGGGUGAACAGCUCGGUCAUCCCAGGACCCGCCGGCCUUCCUGGUGUGCCUGGGCGGGAUGGACACCCUGGGCCCCCCGGCCCCCCGGGAUCUCCAGGUGUUCCAGGGAAAGAUGGGCGACCAGGAGAGACCGGCCCGAAAGGCAGCCUUGGCAAAGAGGGCGCCCCAGGACCUAAGGGAAGCAAGGGAGACCCUGGUCCCAUCGGCACUCCUGGAGAGAGCGGCUUGGCAGGACCACCUGGACCAGCAGGACCGCAAGGGCCCCCCGGGCCUCCUGGGCCCCCUGGGCCUCCGGGACCAGGACUUCCUGCAGGAUUUGAUGACAUGGAAGGCUCCGGGGGACCCAGAAUCCAGGAUGACACGGAAGGCUCCGGGGGACCCUUCUGGCUGGGAGCCCGAAGUGCUGAUGGGCUGCAGGGACCGCCUGGCAGGCCUGGAGUCAAGGGGGAUCCUGGAAUUCCUGGGCUACCGGGGACCAAGGGAGAAGUCGGUGCAGGCGGACCCCCUGGGUUUCCCGGCCUCCCGGGCAGAGAAGGUGUGGACGGAGCCCAGGGACCAAAAGGAGAAAAAGGGACCCAGGGAGAGAAAGGAGACACAGGGAAGGACGGAGUGGGGCAGCCGGGGCCCCCCGGGCCCCCCGGACCUCCAGGGCCUGUCGUCUAUGUGUCGGAGCAGGACAGAGCAGUGGCCAUGACCCAUGGAGUCAAGGGCCAGCCGGGGUAUGCGGGACUCCCUGGGCCAGCCGGGCCAAAGGGAGACCUGGGCUCCAGAGGCCAGCAGGGCCCCCCGGGACCCAAGGGUGAGAAGGGUGAGCCGGGCACAGUCUCCGGCCCUGACGGCAGAGCGCUGGCCUCAGCCCAGAAAGGAGCCAAGGGGGAGCCCGGCUUCCGAGGACCCCCGGGUCCAUAUGGGCGGCCCGGGCACAAGGGAGAGAUUGGCUUCCCCGGACGACCGGGUCGUCCUGGGAUGAACGGAUUCAAAGGGGAGAAAGGGGAGCCAGGAGACGCCAUCGGAAUUGGUACAAGAUGUCCACCUGGCCCCCCAGGGCCUCCAGGGCCCCCAGGGCUUCCAGGGCCCCCAUCUCUUCCCCGGACCCCUGUCUAUGACAGCAACGCUUUUCUGGAGUCUGGCCCUGCGGGACCUCGGGGAUUGCCAGGGCACCAGGGGCCUUCUGGACCAAAGGGUGACAAGGGAGAAGUGGGCCCGCCCGGACCACCAGGGCAGUUCCCCUUUGACCUCUUCCAGCUGGAGGCUGAAGUAAAGGGGGAGAAGGGUGACCGAGGGGACGGUGGGCAGAAAGGAGAGAAGGGCGAGCCUGGAGGUGGUGGCUUCUUCGGCUCCAGUCUGCCUGGACCCCCUGGCCCGCCAGGCUUCCCUGGGGCUCCGGGUCCCAAAGGAGAAAGCAUCAGAGGCCAGCCAGGCCCACCUGGACCUCAGGGGCCCCCCGGCAUUGGCUACGAAGGGCGCCAGGGGCCUCCUGGGCCCCCUGGCCCACCAGGGCCUCCAGGGCCCCCUUCCUUCCCCGGCCCUUACCGGCAGCCUGUCAGCGUUCCUGGACCCCCAGGCCCACCUGGGCCCCCUGGGCCCCCCGGGACUAUGGGAAGCUCCUCAGGGGUGAGGAUCUGGCCCACGUACCAGACCAUGCUGGACAAGGUGCCUGAGGUGCCAGAGGGCUGGCUCAUGUUCGUGGCUGAGAGGGAGGAGCUGUAUGUCCGUGUCCGAAAUGGGUUCCGGAAGGUCCUGCUGGAGGCUCGGACGCCCCUCCCACGUGGGACGGACAACGAGGUGGCUGCCUUGCGGCCACCCCUGGUGCAGCUGCACGAGGGUAACCCCCACCCCCGGUGGGAACUGCCCCCCUCCACUGCACGGCCCUGGCGGGCAGAUGACAUCCUGGCCAGACCCCCUCGGCUGCUGGACCCCCAGCCCUACCCUGGAGUCCCACACCACGGCUCCUACGUGCACCCCCGGCCAGCCCGCCCCACUGGUGUUCCUGCCCACACCCACCAGGACUUCCAUCCAGUGCUGCACCUGGUUGCACUCAAUGGGCCACAGCCUGGUGGCCUACGUGGCAUCCGUGGCGCCGACCUCCAGUGCUUCCAGCAGGCGCGUGCUGCGGGUCUGGCGGGCACCUUCCGCGCCUUCUUGUCAUCACGCCUACAGGACCUCUACAGCAUCGUGCGUCGUGCUGACCGUGCCACUGUGCCCAUCGUCAACCUCUGGGACGAGGAGCUGUUUCCCAGCUGGGAGGCCUUGUUUUCGGGCUCCCGGGGCCAGCUAAAGCCCGGUGCCCGCAUCCUCUCCUUCGACGGCAGAGACGUGCUGCAACACCCCGCCUGGCCACAGAAGAGUGUGUGGCACGGCUCAGACCCCAGCGGGCGCCGGCUGACUGAGAGCUACUGCGAGACCUGGCGGACUGAGGCCACGACAGCCACGGGCCAGGCCUCCUCGUUGCUGGCAGGCAGGCUAUUGGAGCAGAAAGCCGCAAGCUGCCACAAUGCCUUCAUCGUCCUCUGCAUCGAGAACAGCUUCAUGACCUCCUCCAGUUAGGGCUUCUGCCAGCUCACACGGAUGGAUGGACAGAUGGCAGGGGGAGUGGAGAAGCCCCCGGUGUCAGGCAGGGAGCGGCAGCAGGCACCCCAGAGGGGUGCUGGGUGUGGGGACCUGGCUGGGACACUUUCCUGUGUGGUUCACAUUUCAUAUAAUCCUCCAGAAAUAAAAGAAAGCCAAAGAGUG